GCAACGGUUCCAGAUCUUCGUAAUGACUAUCUGCAUCUGGUCGACAGAAGUUCUUUCGUGGAAAAUUCCUCCCAAAGAACUCUGGGAUGCAACGGAUCUCCUCAACACCUUACAGGGAGUCAUCCUUCUCAUCAUCUUCAUGAGGGCCAAGCGAAAACGUGAUUUAAUUUUAACGCAGGUGCGCAAAUUUGCCGGUAUUGCCCAUUCCGCAGCUCAGAAACUUCCGAGCCAAGACGACACAUCCAUGACAAGCCUCGAAACACAUCUCAGCAAACAAGGUAGUGAUAAAGAAACCAUCGACAAAAUACGGAAACUUUCUCAUCAGGAAGAGACCGUCUCAAGUACCAUUGUGAAGAGUCUGGCCCAAAGCAAUAGUCUUGCGGAAGAUUCGCGGUCGCCCCAAGCGCAGUACGGCUUAAAAUGAACCAUUCACCUACGCAGCAAAAUGCACUGCACCCUCCCGUCAACUGACAACCUGACUAGUUGUUGAUAAUUGUCAACUGUCGCUUAUUUGAUUAAAGCAAGCCUCGUAAGUUUAAUAUUUGGAAGUACUAUAACGUAUUCGUAACCGUAAAGUAUUUGAAACUACAAUAAAGUAUUCGAUAAACGUUGCGUUCAAAUUUCCAGUAUUGAAAAAUGUAAAUUUAGUACAUUUUUAGUAUGCAUUUUCUUAAAACAGACAGUAUUACUCUAAACUAUGUUUGUUGUUCAAGUCAGAAAUGCGCCUUAAUGCCGUCAUUGCAAAAUGUGAGUGGAGAGAAUGAUCACACUGCUUUCUGAUGUUUUACGAGCUGGUACCAUUUUUUUCACUUUGCAGAAAAAUAUGAGUAUUUUUUCACUGCGUGGAAAAAUGCGGAAAAUAAAAUGGACGGUGCGAUAAGGUACGUCGGGUACUAAUUUUACUAGCCUGUCAAGUUACUUUUCCCAUUUGCUUAACUUUAAUGCGGUAUUAUGUCAUUGAAGCAUUGCAUAAAGAAAAGUUCUUUCAACUAUGAAAGCGAAACGCUUUUCAUCCACUAGAAGUAGCAAUGAAAGCUGAUACACUCUCAACCAAGUAUCACAAUUUCGGAAGUUCUUCAGUUUUAAUUGUGUUGCUGAGUAAGGGAGUCAACCUUCAACAUAUAGUUAAAUGUGGCAAGACAGGAUCACAGCCUUCAUGGGGUAAGAAAGGACCAG